GGCUGGUCCAGAUCUAGACAGUCACUCAACAAUCACCAUGGUUGCCCAGUUUGCAGUAUUGGCCGUCCUUUUGGGAGUUGCCUCCGCCGGUCUUUAUGACGGUCACGGAUAUGGAUACUCCGGCCAGUCUUUCCAAGUUGCCGCACCCGUAGCUAAGGUAGCUUACGCCGCCCCCGUCGCUAAAGUGGCUUACGCCUCUCCCGUUUACCACUCUGCCCCUGUUGUCCACGCUGCUCCUGCUGUCCACGCUGUCCACGCUGUUCAUGCCGCCCCCGUAGCUCACCACGUCGACUACCACGACCCUCACCCCGAAUACAAAUUCGAAUACGGAGUCCACGAUGCCCACACCGGAGACGUCCACAGCCAAUCCGAAGAAAGGCACGGUGAUGUCGUCCACGGCAGCUACUCCCUCGUCGAAGCCGACGGAACCAAGAGAGUUGUCGAAUACACCGCUGAUGACCACAACGGAUUCAACGCCGUUGUCCACAGGGAACACAACACUCACCCCGUCGUCCAGAAAGUAGCCUACGCUGCUCCCGUCGUCCAGAAAGUAGCCUACGCUGCCCCCGUCGCCAAAGUAGCUUUCGCUGCCCCCGUCGCCAAAUACUCCGUCGCCGCCCCCGUCGUCUCCUAUGGAUACGGACACCACUAAAUACGAUGCUCAAUUCUGUAUAUAAACACUUUUUUUUAUU